AUGAGUAUAUUUCCUCCAAUACCUAUACAAAGUCCAAAACCACAUCCAAGUAUGGAAGAGAUGAGAUGCCCUUUACCACCUCUUGCAAGGAUGCAUUUGAUCAAAGGAAAAGAUGCCAUAGAUCGUUAUUUGGCCAUGCAUAUCAAAGGAUUGUCAAAACAAGAGGCUGCUGCUUACCGGAAUUCAUACAAGAAGAACAUCUGCAUAGACAUGCUACGGCAGGGUUAUCACAAGUCUUUUGCUGAGCUCUUUACUCUGAUAGAGAAGUGGAAUGCCUUGAGGGAGGCUUCAGGGCCUGGGUCAGCCAUAUGGCUGGAAAAGUCCCUCGAGGAGCAGCCUGAUAAGCUGGAUCAGCUUCACUAUUUCUUGACCAGAGCUGAGGCAGCCCAGCGAUCAGAAUACUAUGAAGAGGUUUACGCUAAUCAGCUGAAUUUAGCCUAUUGCUUCAACAAGCCUGAAGACAGAUGGUUAAGGAAUUAUUUCUAUGAACAAUGCUACAAAACUGCUCAACUGAUUAAAAUUGAUGGUGGGAAGAAAGAAGCUGAAGCACAUUCUAAUAUGGGCCUUGUUUAUGAAGAACAAGGUCACUUCCUGAAAGCUGUAGAACAUUAUGAAGCAUUCUAUAAUCUGACAGUGGGACGAACAUGGAAAGAUGAUACAGGCCGGUAUUUCAACUCACUAGCCUGUGAGCAUCUCUGGAGAAUUUACACAUUACUGGCAGACAAAAUGCUGGGAAAUAAUGAACACCAAGAAGCCAUUGGAACUCUAAUAAAAGCUUUCAGAAUGGCAAAAGAAGCAGAGAAUAUGAAGAUGGAAGGGGAAACUGCUUUCUGUUUAGGUAUAGCAUAUCAUUCAGCCGGAGAAUUAAAGACAGCUAUAUUAAAGUUAAACACUUAUCUGGAAAUAUCCAAACUACUGGAAGAUUAUGUUGGAUUAGGGAGAGCAUAUCAAGCUAUAGCUCAGGUCCUUGUAAGUCAGGGACAAAUUGCUGAAGCUAUUAUGUACUUGGAAAAGUUCAUGAACAUUGCCAAGAAAGUUCAGCUGAACCAAAGUCUUGUGGAUGCGUGUACAUUCCUCGGAAAUAUUUACAAUGAAAGUGGGAAUUACUACAAGGCCUGUGAAUAUUUCAAUCAGGCAUUUGAAGCAGCAAAUGCUCUCUCUGAUUUGGCCCUAGUGAAUGAAACAAAGGUAUAUUGUGGCAUUGGAAAAGCUCAUAGCUUGAUGGUGAAAGUUAACACUCAUACAGAAGCUGCAGAUCCCAUCAACAUCAAGUACCUGCUGGACUGGAAGGAAAAUAGAAGUGACAUGUUCGCUGACCCUUUUACAGUGGGUAAGAUACACAUUAUGAAACACAUUAGUGUUCCAUUGCCCUUAUGGUUAAGUCAUUUUUCUU